AUGCACACUUCAAUUCUUCAAGCAAGAACCGACAUAAAGGCUCAAAACCCAGCUAUGCAGCAGAAAAUCAUAAUACAAAACCACCAUGGAGAGCACCUAGUCGGGGUGUUGCAUGAGACUGGAUCUGCUGAAAUUGUACUCUUGUGCCAUGGUUUUCUAUGCACAAAGGAGAACAGGAUUAUGGUGAACCUAGCUCUGGCUUUAGAAAAUGAAGGAAUUAGUGCAUUUCACUUUGAUUUUGCUGGAAAUGGGGAAAGUGAAGGUUCAUUUGGGUAUAGUAACUACUAUAGAGAGGUUGAAGACUUGCGAUCUGUGGUUGAAUACUUUAAUGGAGAAAACCGCACUAUAAAAGCAAUUCUUGGUCAUAGUAAAGGAGGAAAUGUUGUACUCCUUUAUGCAUCUAAAUAUCAUGACGUGGAUGCAGUAAUUAAUGCUUCUGGCCGUUAUGAUCUCAAGAAAGGCAUUGAAGAGCGUUUGGGUGCAGGGUUUUUGGAAAGAAUCAGUAAGAAUGGAUUUAUGGAUGUUAAAAAUGGAACAGGAGAAAUUUAUCGAGUCACCAAGGAGAGUUUGAUGGACCGACUUAAUAUAAACAUGCAUGAAGCUUGCCUUUCCAUUGAUAAAAAUUGCAGGGUGUUGACAAUCCAUGGAUCCAGUGAUAAAAUUGUCCAUAUCGAUGAUGCCAAGGAGUUUGACAAAGUCAUAGCGAACCACAGAUUACAGAUUAUAAGAGGAGCUGGUCAUGGAUACACUUCUCACCAGGGUAAAUUAGCUUCAGCAAUGCUGAAUUUCAUCAAGGAAGCCCAGCUAUGA